UGCAGGUCAGACGUGUGUGUUGAGCGGCGAGAUGGGAGAGCGCAGCACCGCGCAGCGCAUCGCAGUCCCAUGCCAGCUUGUACCUGUAGAUGGAGCGCGGAGAAUUCGUGGCAGCGCUCCCAAUGACGUCACCCGGGCUGUAGGUUUUUCCUUGUCUAUAAAAGGAAACAGAAGGCCAUGAAUACAUACACCGUGACGCUUAAGGGGCCAGCUCCCUGGGGGUUCAGACUGCAGGGAGGGAAGGACUUCAGCAUGCCGCUCACAGUCUCCAGGCUGACUCCUGGGGGGAAGGCUGCCCAGGCAGGCGUCGGGCCCGGAGACUGGGUGGUUUCCAUUGACCACGCCAACGCUGAGGAAAUGACCCAUGUGGAGGCGCAGAACAAGAUCAGAGCUGCUGGGGACACUCUCACGCUUUCUCUGAGCAGAGCUUUCCACCCUGCUGGAUCAGAACAGAAGGAGUUGCUUGCUUCUGCCUCCAGUCAGCCAAAGUACUCGUUUGCUCCCAGCAUGUCUUUAAACAAGAUGCCUCGGCCGUUCAUCUCCGGCUCUGACGAUACAAACUUGGGGCCAGUGACGAAACCAGUGACAUACGUCCCCACCGCGCCGAAAUUUAAUGCCCCAGCUAACGUGCUGCAGCAACACAAUGGCCAUGAGACGAAUCAAUCUCCUGCCAAGACUGGAGCUGCUGCUGCUACAGUUGGCACAACUGCCCAUAAACCUGGUGGAGCCAAAAUGACACCUAGACCUGCUGCCGGGCCCUCUUGUCGUCCGCCCUGGGUCACAGACCCCAACUUUGCGGAUCGAUACCACCCUGACAAGACCAGCACGGUUCUGACCCGGCACAGUCAGCCCGCCCAGCCGACACCCAUGCAGAACCGCAGCUCCAUCGUGCAGGCGGCGCAGCAGGCCCCAGAGGACAGCAGCCGGACCCCUGUGUGCGCAGCCUGCAGCAAGAUCAUCAGGGGCCGGUAUCUGGUGGCUCUUGGUCGCUCCUGGCACCCUGAAGAGUUCACCUGCUCCCAGUGUAAGGUGGUCCUGGAGGAGGGGGGUUUCUUUGAGGAAAGGGGGUCCAUCUUAUGCACCAAGUGUUACGAUAGUCGCUACGCACCCAACUGUGCCAAAUGCAAGAAGAUCAUCACUGGUGAGAUCAUGCAUGCCCUCAAGAUGACCUGGCAUGUGCACUGCUUCAUAUGUGCAGCUUGCAAGAUUCCCAUCAGGAACAAAGCCUUCUACAUGGAGGAGGGAGAGCCAUAUUGUGAGAAAGACUACGAGAAGAUGUUUGGCACUAAAUGUCAUGGUUGCGACUUCAAGAUUGAUGCAGGAGACCGUUUUCUUGAGGCUCUUGGUUACAGCUGGCAUGACACUUGCUUCGUCUGUGCAAUAUGCCAGAUCAAUUUGGAAGGGAAGACUUUUUACUCCAAGAAAGACAAGCCCCUUUGCAAGACCCAUGCCUUCUCACAUGUUUAAAGCAUCUCUUCAGUUUGUGUGGUAAAUAAACCUGACGGGCACAGGAGCAAAAUGAGAUGCCGAAAAAGACUGUGCCAUCAUCUUAACCCAUCUAACAACUCUCUCUUCUCCACACUGCCAUUGAAACAAGAGGGGCAGUUUUCACCUCCUGUUGCCUGAUCCUGACUGCAUUGUUUUUGCACUCUUGUCAUGCAGAGAUUACUGGAGUAGAAACAUGGAUACUCUUUCCAAAUAGUAAUGAUACUAUUUCAAGAAUGGCAUCAUUAUUUUAAUUUUAAUAAUUCUCCAUAAAUACCAGCCACUUGUACUUUAGUUAAAAUCACUUUACAGGCAGAACAAGAGCUACUGCAUGAGAAAAGUUAUUCAAGGUAUUUUCUGCGUGGUAAGAUGUUUUUUCUAUAGUUUUAAGAUUCGUCCCUUAUCUAAAAGGACUUUUUUCACCCUUGAUUUGAAACCUAGAUCCUCUUAAACUAUGAAAGGCUCAAAGGCAAAGUAAUUAUAUCAGGGAAAAUGUAAUUGGUGCUUGAUGUAUGAUUAUUUUAAAAAAUCCCAGGCUAGAUCAAACUUUGCUGUAAUCAGGUUGUUUGAUUGGGAUUGAAUCAAAGUCAGAUACUUAUCGCGCACAGUUUUUGUGCAAUGUUCAGCUACCACUCAAGACUGAAGGUUAACAUACUGCUGAGUUUUCACCUUCAUAAUUGUAUAGCAGUAAAGUACAACAUCUGUUUUGUUUGUCAUUAUUUUUUUUACAGUAGAAGCAAAAAUGAAAUGCUGCCUAUUUUGUUGGUGUCGAAUUACAUCACACCUAGCUUCAAGACCAUUUUCUUCUGCGUGGAACCUUUUUUUUUUAAAGAUGUUUGGUUAGUGUGCAAAUGAGUAAGAAUGCUUAAAUAUAAAUAACCUUAAAAUGGAUAUAUCCAUUUUAACCCCCGUUUCCAGCCAGCAGUGUUAAAUAAAGGAUGUCCAGUUUCUGUCAUCCUUUUCUGCUCUUUCUGCAUUUGUGAUGCACAUCUUUCAAGAGUUCAAUCCUCAAAAAAAGUGCAUUAGUUCAAAUUGCUAAUAUAUUUAAGUAUUAAGAGUGCUCAUUCUGAUGUUGGCUGGAUUUUAUCUCUGAUGAAUGAUGACUAUCUCCAGUACUGGAGUCAGAAUUUAUUGUUUACUUAAAGUUCUGCUAGGUUUUAAUAUUAAAAUACUCAUGUAGGUCAGCGCUAGGUGGUUCAAAGCAGAAGAGCUUGACUAGAAUGAAUCAUGAAAGCUCUAUGCAGAUUUAAAUAGUUUGUCUAAUGCUUGAAAAUUAUAUAAAUGUGUAGUAAAUAAUAGAAAAUAUUAAGUUCCUUAUGUUCUUUCUCUAUUGUCACUCAAGAAAGCCUUUCCCCUAGAGCAGGGGUCUCCAGCCCUGAUCCUAGAGAGUGCCAUUCCAGCAGGUUUUGUGGGACACUACUUAAUCAAUUUCUAAAUUUUAAACAGAUUUGAUUUAGUCAUUUUUAGAGAUUUUUACAUUGGGGGGGGGGGAUAUAUAUAUAUAUUUCUCAGUUCUGUAUUAUCACGCAGUCAUAAUAAACAAGAACCUUUGAGAAGAAUAACUGGACUGAAGCUCUACCUAUUCGUGUCAAAAUGUCUCUUCAUUUCUACUGCCUAGAACUGCAAGAAAUUGGACCAAGAGGAUAUUUUUUUAGCAAUUCUUAAUAAGAGCACAGGAGCCCUCCCAAUCCUAAUUCUUGAAUCAAAUUAUUUUCAAACUUAAUCUGACAAAAACUGUGCAUAAGUAGUUGUAAUAAGUAGAUUUUAUGAUGCUGUAGUAUUUUUUUUUUUACAAAAUAUUAGAAACAAAUUUCAAGGCAUUUGUAAUCGUGUAAUGUGACUGUGAAAUUAGUUCACUAAUGAAUCAUUUUUAAAGUGCCAUUUAUAUGUAAAGAUAUAAGUAGUUCAGGUGGGUAGCUGCAUCAGCAUGCGUGG